AUGGAAGCGACGUUUACAAACAACUACAUCAUCAUCAGGGCCCACGAGUCCGUCAAGGCGGUGGACCUCGGCAUUCCAGGGGCAAGCAGCCUUGGAAACCUUUCAACAUCUGCCAGUCUAUUCAGCGGCGUGUGUUCCAAGAUCACCGUGAGCUACAAGGAUAACAGUUCUUCUAGGACGUAUAUCCCUAAUAAGGCUAUUAAGUUUCCUGAGGAUACGAACGUGCUCAUUACAAUGGGCGGGAAGGAUGAGAAUAGCCUGAUGACCACUAGCCUUGAGAGGGAUAUAGGAGCUACUUGGCAUCUUCAUAAAGCAGAAUAA